AUGUCGCAUACCAUUGAUGAUACUCAUUCCGUGACUGAAAGUCUACCGGAUGCCCCCGGGGGCGCCCCUACGAAGCAAUCCUACCGAUCAUUCAAGAAGAAGUUUGCGAAGCUUAAGGUCAAGUUUGAGCUUCAAAUGCGAGAGAGCGAGUCCCUCAUCCGCGAAGGGUUGCGUAUCGAGGAUCUGUCCAAGAGGAUUCAGGCACAGAAUGAUCAGCUCCUAGAAGUCCUGCUAGAGUUCAACGAUAGUCUCCAUGUGUCUCCAAGCAUGCGGUACGAUCUGAGCGCGCCGGAAGAUGAAUCCUUCUUACCACCACCCGAGCGAGACAUUCCGAAAUCGUACAAUGACCCUGUCGUAGCGAGCUCUGUUUUACAAGAAGCCAAGGCCAGACUGGCUGCUGGACGUUUGUCCAGUGAUGCUUAUCGUGAGGUGGAGGAUGAUGUUAAGCGCGGUCAGGCUUUUGCACCGCGUAUGCAGUACAGCACUCUGUCGACAUUCCCCCAUUCUGCGCCUUUGCAGCCAGACAAUCCCGACGACUGGAAUCCCGCGCAAGAACUUGGGUUUCUUACUCCCGAAUAUGAGACCGAAUACUGCCUGGCUCUAGAUGCUAAACUGGGCGACGACGAGGCUCUGGAGCAGCUCGAGUGCGUUCCUAAGAAGCCAUCACUAGCGGAACGCGAGAGAGAGGCCGCUCUUCGGAGCCAUGUCUCUGUACACAAUUGGUUGCGCCAGAACCAACCCCAAAUAUUCUUGCAGGAUAACGAGAACGCCUCGGAAAAGUCCGGCUCUCGACCCUCCAAUCUACGCACUUCUAAGAGGGCGCCGGCUCAAUCACGCAAAGAGGAGGAUGUGUAUGAUGAUGACAGUAUCCUGGAAACUGCGUCAACCUCUGGAGGUACGAGAGGCAAGCGCAAGCGCGAUGAAGAUACCGGAUAUCGACCCAAGGGCGGUAGCAGUCGCUCAAACCGGAAGAAGAAGGAUGAGGAAAAUGCGACCCCCAAACGGCCGUCGAAGCGGUCUUCGGGCCGGCAAACAGACCUCUAUAUUAUGGCCAUUACUAUUCUCCCUCCGGUUGUGGAGGAUGUCGACGUUCCCUACUCCGACUCGGAGGACGAUGCCAUGUCCGUGGAUUCGGAUGGAGGAGUAGAUCUCGCAGCGGGAGAUGCCACAAGACCUAGCAAGCGUCCUCGCUUAGUGGAAGGAACGAAUAUUGGCGCAGGAGUCCUCACACCGGGUGAGAUCGUAACAGAUGACCCGCAAUGGAUGAGAGGACACGGCACAUACACUAACCCACUAUCUACCUCCAUCAUUGCUACCGUCGCCGGUACGGUUCAGAAGACCAACAAAUUGCUCUCCGUGCAGCCCCUCCGGGCUCGUUAUACGCCUGAGAUCGGUGACUUGGUGGUGGGGCGUAUUGUCGAGGUGCAGUCUCGGCGAUGGAAGGUUGACGUCGCUGCUCCCCUUCUCGCACAGCUUCCUCUCUCCGCUAUCAACUUGCCUGGUGGUAUCCUGCGUCGACGAACGAGCGCCGAUGAACUACAAAUCCGAACCUUCUUCAGCGAGGGUGACCUCGUCGUUGCUGAAGUCCAGACGGUACAUUCCGACGGAGGCGCAUCGUUGCACACCCGGUCGCUGAAGUAUGGUAAAUUGAGGAAUGGCGUGUUCCUUGCGGUGACGGGGACAGGUGGCAGUGGUGCGUCUAGCUCGUCAGUCAAAGGUACUUCUGGGGCGAGUGCUACGGGCGCGGGAGCCGGAGGUGCAGCGGGUGCUGGUGGAGUGGUUCGGUCGCGCAGACAGGUCUGGACGAUCAAUACAGCCAAUGGGGGUGGGGAUGUAGAUGUGAUUUUGGGAGUUAAUGGGUACAUCUGGAUUUCGAAGCACGCCGACGGAGCGGCUGCUGCAUCGUCGACGACGGAAAACGUGUCAAUCACGCGCAUGGAGGAGAUGGUGUCGAGCUCCAUUUACUCGAGUCAGAACGAUGAUAUUCCGCCACAGACGCGUCGGGAGAUCGCCCGGUUGGCGCAGUGCAUUCGGGUGCUUGUCAACGGAGGAGUCCGGGUGGACGAGGAGACGGUGAUGGGAGCCUAUGAAGCCAGCUUACAGGUGGAUCUAGAAGUGGGCGAUGAGGAAGAUGAUGAAGAUCGGGGCAAGGAGGGACGAGAAUAUCUGGAGGGCGACAAGGCUCGCCGAAUUCUAGAUUUGGUGCUACAACAACUAUAG